AUGAAGAAACAGUUGAAGGUUAUGGAUGAUAGACACAACAUGAGCGCCAAAGCAGACCUCCCAUUGGAAGAAGUUGCCAAGAUCAAGUUUGAUACAAAGACACCAGAUGCAGUUUGGAAAGAGAGAGCGAGAGCGAUUGGAUUGAAUACCAAGACUUAUUCUCUGCAUAACAUCAGAGGUGAGAUGGAAAGGAUAGCGAAUAGUCAGCUGGAUCUAGUAAGGACUCCAAACGGCUAUCAUAACCCAUUGGCUAAGACAUUAAAGCUCGCCAUCGAUACCGACACUGUCCACCUUGACUCAAUGAAGGAAUCCCGACUACCUUUUGAGAACUCGGCACUGCUCGGUUCUGCUCAGGAUGCGACUCAAGGAAUGUCUCCAGAGAACCCGAUCGACAAGGAUGUUCGAAUCAUCUUUGAUGGUGCCAAGAUGAACAAGAACAACAGGAACCCUACAGAGAUUGGUGCUCUCCAAAUCAUUGAUCCUCUCAAGACUGUCUCGAGACUGAAAUCACCUGAUGAUGGAGUGAUGUUUCUGUCUUUCACUGGCGCCGAGACUACUAAGUCUCUACGGGAGAAUCUAGAGCCUCUCAAGAACGACCUGGAACUUCUGCACCGCUCCGACAACAUUUGGAAGAUCAAUGACAAGUACUAUCGCUUCAGUAUCAUGUAUACGUUGGACCUUGCAUGCAUUGCUUCGCUGCUUGGAAUGUGUGAUGUGUUUAAGUCGAACUCCACCUAUCGAUGUACACAUUGCCAUUGCACCAAUCACACAAUCAACUGUGUGUUGGCCAACGACAUGUUCACUCUCAGGACACUGGAAACAAUCACAGAGGAUGCUGAUAAGAUCAAGGCCGCGUUGGAGAGGGGGUCAAGAAGAUACAGGCAAAACUGUUCCAUGGACUGGAUGAUGUUCCUGCCAUGA